AUGUCCCUGGAGGCGGGCCCCGUGGACUUCACCGGGGCCUCGCUGCGUGUCCCCCGCGGGCGCGUGGAGAACCUGCGGCUGCCCGCGGGCCGGGCGGGGAGCGGGGAGGCGCUGGAGGUGAAUUUCACGCUGGACAACUGGAGCCUGGAGCUGGAGCAGGACGGGGAAGCGACGCCGACUGGCUCUUCAGCCCCGGGGCCCUCGCGGGCGGCGCCGAGCCCGGCCUGUUCGACAACGGCGGCCCGCUGUCCGUCCGCUUCCCUGGGUUCGAGUCCCGCCUCGGCCUCGAGAGCGGCGCCGCGUGGCGGACCCCGGAGCCCGUGCACCUGA